AUGUUUGUUACUUCAUUGUUGAUCUCUUCUCAGGACAAGUUCCGAAAAGAAGAAUCAUUCCAAAAACAAACGGAUAGUAAUAACAGAUUAAUAUUUGAAAAAUGUACCACAAGGGUGUUAUCAAACUGCAGAUAUUGUGAAUACUGCAGAUCGAUGAAUCACACUAAGUACAAUUGCCAAUUAAUCAAACCUUGUGCCAAUUGUGGUGUCAAGGGUCAUAAAACGACCAGCUGUAAAAAAAAGCUACGUCGGUGCCAAAGACAAUUUUACAAAGACCAGGAAGCCAACAGUAUUUCCCAGUUUUACCACCUAAGGUGGCUAAAGGAAAUACAAAUGAACUACUUCAAAGAAGAGGUAGUCCGAAACCAAACAAAGAGAAGGUUUUUUUUUUUCUCCUAA